AUGUUCUGUUUAAAACAAUUAUUUGCUGCUUUAGCUUUAGUUCAAGUCAUCUUCGCAGCUGCUAUUCCAGCUUCAGGCCCAAGUAUUGAACCACAAGUUCAUUUUGAAAAAAUUGGUUUUAGUGAUAAUGAAGUUCUUUUCUUUUUCAAUGCAAAUCCACCAAAAGCAGGUUCAUUAUCAAUCAACGGUUCUUUGACAGGAAAUGGUAAAUUAGAAGAUCAAAUUGCUAUAGUUGGCGGUGAAAGAGUUGGUGAGACAAUUGUUAAAGAUAAAUCAUUUGAUGCUUUAUAUAAUGUUCCGGCUCAAGGUGAUGAGCUUGAAAUUAUAGCUAGUGUUCAAGGUGAUAAUUUGAGUGGUAAUUUCUUUACUUUUAAAGCUACUUAUACUUAUGAAGAUGGUCAAUCUGUUUCAUAUGAUUCAUUAGUUGCUAAGAAUUAG